UCUCCGCGCUGUGAGCGAUCUGAUUGGUCCACAGCUCCUGAAGUUUCUAGAGUGCGGAAGAAAGAUCUGGAAGGUUCUGGAGGUGGAGCUGCGCCUAUACAAGCGACUGGCUGUCACGAGUCCCCAGCAGAGAAGGCACCACGGGCGGCGGACACAGGUGUCUGGUCACACCACUAACUGAUAAGGUCACCGGGAAGCAUGGGCAAAGAUUACUACAAGACUCUUGGCUUGUCCAAGGGGGCGUCCGAGGAGGAGAUCAAGAAGGCCUACAGGAAACAAGCCCUGAAGUAUCACCCGGAUAAGAACAAGGACCCGGGGGCGGAGGAGCGCUUUAAGGAGAUCGCCGAGGCCUACGAUGUGCUGAGCGACCCCAAGAAGAGGGAGAUAUUCGACAAGUUCGGCGAGGAAGGUCUUAAAGGAGCCCCAGGUGGUGGUGGAGGAGGAGGUGGUGGUGGUCCCAAUGGUCCUUCCUUCAGCUAUACCUUCCAUGGAGAUCCUCACGCCAUGUUUGCAGAGUUCUUCGGAGGCCGUAACCCGUUUGAUUCCUUUUUUGGAAGGGGAGAGGACGACAUGGACACAGAUGACCCCUUCUCAGGGUUUGGUAUGGGUGGCCAUAUGGGUGGUUUUGGCCAUAUGGGUGGCUACCCCAGAGCUGCCCCCGGACGUCGUGAAGUGGGCCCCAAAAAGCAGGACCCUCCAGUGGUCAGGGAGUUGCCGGUUUCGCUCGAAGAAAUCUUCACCGGCUGCACCAAAAAGAUGAAGAUCUCUCACAAGAGAGUAGGCCCAGAUGGAAGGAGCGUACACAACGAGGACAAGAUCCUCACCAUCCAGGUGAAGAAGGGCUGGAAGGAGGGCACAAAGAUCACUUUCCCCAAGGAGGGCGACGAGACGCCCAACAUCAUCCCGGCCGACAUCGUGUUCGUGCUAAAAGACAAACCUCAUUCUGUAUACAAGAGAGAUUCAUCUAAUGUCAUCUACACGGCAAAGAUCAGCCUACGAGAGGCUCUCUGUGGCUGCUCCGUCAAUGUCCCAACUCUGGACGGUCGAACCAUUCCAAUUGUCAGCAAAGACAUCAUCAACCCCGGGACCAAGCGCAGGAUUCAUGGAGAAGGACUACCGCUCCCCAAGGCCCCUGAACAGCGGGGGGAUCUCCUAGUGGAGUUUGACAUACGCUUCCCCGAACGUCUGCCCGCAGCUUCUCGGGAAACACUAGAGCGGAUCCUUCCUGCGUAACGAUCCCAUGGACUCCACGUACAAUGACACAGACCAAAGGGGCGCUGACGGGCCUCUGCCCCACAUGCCUGCAGUGCCUGAGAAGCUGGAGAGACUUCUGAGGGGGGGGGGGGGGGGUAUUAGGGCGCCCUACGAGCCAAAAUAUAUAUAUAUAUACACAUUAUACAUUUUCUUCAUUUAUCUCACAUUAACUAUAUGUGCUGCACCAGUAUUAGCCCUGAACCAGCUAUCACUGAACGUCUUAAGGGCAAUGGCAAUUGUCCGCUGUUUGGUUUUAUAUAGAAGCCCCCCCAUAGUCGUGGGAAAAGAGGUCCCUGCGUAUUUUGUACCAUGUUUAGGAAUCUUAUCUGCUGUCCAGUGGACAUUGCUAGUACACAGAGGAGAGCAGCUGGAACUCAAGAUGCUGCAGUCCCAUGUAAAGAGUCUCUCAGCAGAUCCCAUUGCACAGCAGUCAUCUCGUUCUUAAAGGGGCACUCCACUACUAGACAUCUUAUACCCUAUGCAAAGGAUAGGGGAUAAGAUGUCUGAUCGCAGGGGUCCCCCGCAAUCUCCUGCCAGACCUGGCGUUCCAAACAAACACCAGUGACAUCACGCCACGCCCCCUCCAUUCAUGUCUAUGGGAGGGGGCGUGUCGGUAGACACGCCCCCUCCCAUAGACAUGAAUGGAGGGGGGCGUGACCGUGACAUCACGGCCUCCGGCUCCUAGCGUUCCGAACGCUAGAGUACCCCUUUUAAAAUCUCAAUUCUAGCCAUGCCCGUGCUGACCGGUGCGGCACAUUAACCCUUAAAGGUUCUGUAAAGCUGUCACUGCCCCGUGGGUACCGCACAUGUCAUGGUGCCCAAUCCUUGGGGGAGGUAGAGAUUGACAUUGUAGUCUCCUCCAGCUUUCCUGGAAGCGGGGCCCUUUUAGAAUAUUGGAAGGGCCAGCAAAUUCUUCUCAUCUCACUUCCAACAAUUGAGUUUGGGAGGCAUGCACAGUUUGUGUGUUUUUUGUUAUAUUUUUUACAAAAAUUUUUUUUUAUUAUUAAUUUUUUUUUUUUUUUUUUUUUAUUAUUCUUGCACAGUUUGAACUCAACACUAGUUGGCGCCAAAGGAGCUGCUAUUUGGCUCCAAGCUUUGCAACUUUAUAUGUGUUUUGAAACGGGGACGGCCUGACCUAUUAGGAUAUAACUGACUCACUCCAGUGUCCUCUGUACGAAUACAUUUUUAUUUGUGUUGUAAAUAAAAUAUAUAUAUAUAUAGAUAUCUUUUUAUUUUGAUGGGCUUGUACUUGUGGUUUUUCUUUUUUUUCAUGCUGUAAAUACGUGACCUGCAGGUGACUGGAGCGGUGCGAGCUUGAGCUGGUGAAUGAACUGUGACGUAUGGCGUUUUUGGAUAUAGAUUUUUGUUGUGUUGUUUGUAUAAGAUGAUGACAUUUCCUAGUACUGCCCAUGUGUCCGGCCACUGUGUGUGUGUGUGCGCCACGUGAGUGGCGGGGCGUUCCCUGGACCACAUGUUACAUGUCUCCAAUACUUUAAUAAAGUAUUUUCAAUAAA